GUGAGACACGCGGCGCGAGUGAGCGCUCACACUCGCUCGCCUAUGCGCGAGGCAACAAGUAAGCGCGGGACGGGUUGGCCUCAUCAGUCGAUCGCAGUGCGGGCACUCGGAUACGCUCAGGUGUGCAUCGUCGCGUAUACCGAAGCAAAAAGCCGACCUCGACAGGCCGAGUCAUCCGCGAGAGAAUCGAACAGGCCGAUCGGUGCCGAUAACAAUCGAGUGCGAUCGUUAAUAAUAAUUAACGACGUAACGACCGCGUCGACGCUCGUGCUUCGUGAGGAGUGAAGAGAGAUCGGCAGGCAUCACGCUAAAAAAUGCAACCGCUGUUUGACAGCCAGUCGCCGCUGCAUUCUGUCGCGAGGAUGCUCGUCCUCGCGAUCGUCUGCAGCGGAUUCGCCCUGGGACAGGUCGGUACGCAGUAUCACGGCAAUCCCGAUCACGUAGUCUUCCCCGGACAGAUCAGCUCGAGGGACAGGGCCCUUGAUAACAAGCCUGCGGGAGGUUCCGCGGGUGACAGCGACACGCCGAUACCGCUCGAUUUAGCGACUAGAUUAAAUUCGAUAGACACAUUGGAGCAAUUUAUGCAGCUUCUUCACGGUGUGCCAGCGAGCGAAAAAGAUAUCGCGUUUAGCAGUAGAUUCGGGGGCGAGGAACGAUCGAACGCGUUGAUGCCGACGCCGGCCAAGUGCAUGCCCGAGCUGCAACUGGUUUCCCUAAAACUGGACGACGAUCCUUCGAUGUUCGUCUUCCCACUCUGCACACGGAUCAAACGAUGCGGCGGCUGUUGCAUUAGCCCUUUGCUCUCGUGUCAGCCAACAGCUAUGGAGAUGCGGAACUUCGAGGUGAUCGUGACGUCGCUGAGCGAUCUGAACUACAGGGGACGGCGAAUUGUGCCGCUGGAGGAGCACACUAAGUGCAAGUGCGACUGCAAAAUCAAGGAGGAGCACUGCAACGAUAAGCAGCAUUACGAGCCGCACAACUGCAAGUGCGCCUGCGACAACGUCGACGAGGAGGAGAAGUGCCGUAAGAACGACACGAAGAUCUGGAACCCGGAGCUCUGCGUCUGCACCUGCAGGACCAUCGAGCCGUGCACCACUGGCUACUACUUCAACCCCAACACGUGCAGAUGCGGACCAAUAAUGUUGUCUAGACCGGUAAACAGGUUCGCAUUGACGAAUUACAAUUUCACUAAUCGUCGGCCGGAAAACAGGCGGCCUGUGAUAAUCCCACUGGACCCGUCGGAUCCCAGAAGAAGACCCAAGGAAGAUCCCGAAUACAAGUGACGAGAAUUCAGACGGACGCGCGACGGAUUACAAGACUGCUAAAACGAAUCUAUAGUUACUUUGUUAAUUUCUUUAUUUCGUAUAGAGGAUGCCUUAUUAAUUGCAUGCCUGGGAACUGGAAGAGUCGAAUUGUUUUACCAUUGAGCUAUUUUAUCAUAAUUCACAAUUACGUUGCAAAUUAUGCAAAAUGUUUUUUGCCCGCUUCUACCAACGCAGAUUAAUUUUCAUCUCGGUUCAACUCACUUUAUAUCUUUUACUAGUUUUAAAAAUUAGAAAAAGGUGACAAGUAAUUUAAGCCGAGAUUCAAGUUAAUCUGCAAUGGUAGAAACGAACAUUUGUCUGCCGUGUUUGCAACAUACGCGAUAACGAACAAAUAUCACUCCUGCGACUUGGUGGCAAGACAAGUUACAUUCUAAACAGUUAUUUCUAAUCGAGGGGGAAAUCGCCGACCAAAAUCUUUUACACCAAUGCCCACUAAUGCCCAGUGGGCAUUACUUU